GUGAGUUGACCUGUAGGCUAAAUAUCCUCCUGGUAGAGGCUAUAGGCUAGGCCUCCGCUUUGUCCAAGACAAGUUUGUCCGAGUUAAAAUAUAGGCCCUCAAUGUCAUGUCUGUUGAAAAGGGCUUCAGAGAGAAGACCUCAUGUCUUGACUCCCUACUCAAAUCGCACAAUCAGUCACCCAACGUUCAUGCCGAUUUGUCAAGAGCCUCUGCGGAGGUGGUCGUCUACUCCACCAGGUGAGAGCUGAGGUUGGGCUGGUAAAGCCUGCAGCGGCCUAGGCCUACACUCAAGCCACAUUGCCAGUGAUGACCCCCUUGGACUUCUACUAUACUGACCCCACCCUGCCCCCAGGUCACCGGGUGCCCAAUAUUGUCACGAAGUUUGAGGCCAUUGAGAAGUUCCAGCUCAACACUCCGCCACCAAUCAUGUCCUCUCAGCUGGCUCCCCGUGUCCAACCAGACCCUUUUCUCAGUGGCGCCCACCCAACCCGCGACCUCGGCACCCGGUCAUGGACCCUCGACCUCUGCCGCCGUCCCCAGCCCUACAUGACCCGACCUCAAGCCAAAGGGACCCUGGAGGUCAUUCAGAUGUCGCAGGCGGAAGAUGAAGCCAUCACAUCUCUUCUGCUUCUCCGCCACAGCAGCAUCGGUGCAACGAGCCAGCGAGACGAGGUCAAGAGGUUGCCGUCUCCAGGGAUCGUGGCUCAGGGUCAACAGUUUCCCGGUCGGUCUCCCUCAGCUGGCGUCUGCAGUCAAAGCGGAGACGCCGUAUCAACAAGGUCGGGCAGAGCUCCCGAAUCAUCCUCGUCGAGGGCCAUCACUACCACAGUUGCCACAUAUUCCCCCAAAGAACAUCGCUCAAGUCAAGGAAGCAUCUCGCCUUUGGAGUCCUCAGAAUGCCACCCUGAGCUCCCUAUUGGUUCACCUGAACAGUCACCUGAGAUCGAGCAUCAGCCUGGUUUGAGUGCAGUCCUUGAGGUGAACGGUGAUCUAUUGGAGCCAAAGGACCCGGGGCCUGCUGAGGUGUCUCCUUUGAGUGAUGUGUGUGUGCCACCUGUGGAUAGAGAGCCAGAAGGUACAUAUCCUCUCAUGGCUGUAGAGUCUCUGCACAGGCCUGCGGCGGAACAAGAGUGGAGUGGAUGUAGUGGACAUCCAUCAGAAAUCCCUCCGGAAGGUAACCAACUGGAGGAAGCCAGGGCACCCGAGAUGCCAGCAGAUGAGGGGUAGUUUUGUGAACGUGUGGGAUUUGACCACUUCAUUCUGCUGAGGGCAACACAUUUUGUCGACUACCAGAAGAAGAAAUAAGAGGUGGAGGACAUUUUGUUUUUCCUGUGAUUGUGUUCAUCAAAAAAGUUUUAAAUCCUGGUGUUGGUGUUUUAGUCCCUUAACAACUUGUCAUUUACUUUGGCAUAGACAAAACAUUUUUUUUUCUUCUUUGUUAUCCAAGUGCCUGUGAAGCUCAGAUAUGAUGCCACACAUUUUUCCUAUGACUUAUGAAUGCUCCAACCUGUUUGUUUAGAUGUUUAUUAAAAUAGAAAAGGCA